AUGGCGUUCUCAUUCGGCGGCGCCUCCCAGCCGGGUAUGGGCGCUGGAAAGGUGCAGCUGGGCGCUGAGCUACAGGAAAUUCAAACUCAGGAAGUGGGUUUCCUUUCUCUUAAUGGCGACUCCAAAGUACGCCUGCUUCCUUCACCGUGGCCCGCCGACAAUCUACCCCCUCCGACUUCGUCAUUGCUGAGUGUCGCAUCGUCCAAGUCCCUUUUAGCAGCAGCCGGGCCGGAUGGCAUCGUAAUCGCCAGUACGGACUCUGUUCGAAAGGCGUUUUUCGCAGACGCCACUGGUGAUAGCUAUAUUAGACCCUUUCAGCCAGAGUUACAAGUCCCACUCCCAGGUAGAAUCUCCCACGUGGCGUUCUCCGCUGACGAGACGGCGCUGGUGGUUGCUGAUCAAAAUGGCGGUGGUCUCGCGGUGUACGACGUGGCGGCACUCAUGCAAGGCAAAGGUCAGCCGGCGGCAACAAUAAGUUUGAACGGGGAAUCAUUACGAGCUUUAUUGCCAAACCCCGUCGUAUCCGAACUUUUUGCGGCUGUGACCACGAACGGGGAAUUAUUGAUUGCAAACUUAAAAGAAAACCGGCUGGAAAUUGGACCUAAUGGACCCGUCUUGAAAACUGGAGUUAGCUCGGUUUCCUGGAGUACGCGAGGCAAACAGCUGGUUGCCGGUUUGGCAGAUGGAACUGCCUAUCAAAUGACGCCGAAAGGAGAAGGAAAGGCUGAUAUCCCACGACCGCCGGAUCUUGAGGGCAAUCAACACGAUGAGAUGCCCAUUUCUUCAUAUUACAUUUUGACAAGACACCCUCCCGACAAUUACGAGUUUCGAAGACUGCCCGAAGUUUGCUCUCCAUUUGGAGCGAAGCGAUACCCGCCCUUCCAGUUCACUGGUCGGCUAAAAGACUUCGAGCCAAAUUUGAGAGAAGUUCUUUUUAUUUCAUCGACCGCUUCAACUGACGUUGGACUUCUCACAAGAUCAACAAAACCCCUUGUUGAUGACUGUCCGCCAGAAAAUAUCACUGAUAUUUUCACUGCUACGACAAUGUCGGAAGACUCGAGACGAGCAGAGGUUCCAAUGACGGAAGAUAUGGUUGACACGUCACCCGUCGGAUUAGCUGUGGAUCUCUCAAGCAAGAGUAACGUUUCUUCACCCAUUCCCGGUGACGACCUCAGAGAAUCUAGCACACCGUUACCUGCACUUAUGAUCUUGAAUAAUGACGGCGUGCUUUCUUCCUGGUGGUUCGUAUAUUCAGAGUCAAUCAGACAGCAAAAGCCAUAUCCUGGUCUUUCAGCAGCAGCCAAAACCCAGCCUACUUCCCAACAGCCGGCUGCUCCACAACCUAGCACUGUACCAGAAACGCCCAAACCAAGUUUUGGAGGGGGGCUCCUGAGGCAGCCAGCAUUUGGGCAACCUUCCUUCGGGACUCCUGCAACUCCUACAUUUGGCUCAAGUACUCCCCUUGGAGCAAAUCUUCAACAAACACUAGGAAGCUCCCAGCCUGCAUUCGGACAAUCAAGCCAACUGGGAAGUGGGCGAUCACUUUUUGGCCAAACACCCGUACAGGCGCCUAGUCAAUUCCCUACCGGAGGGGGAUUUGGUUCCUUCGCGUCUCCCGGCGGCUUUGGCGGCACUAUUGGUCCCCAAACACCCGAAAAGAGUGUGUUCGCAAAAGCAACGAGUGAUAACUCGUUCUUGAAUGCCGGACAGCCUGCGUUCGGUGCGCAAAUGUCGUUCACCCCGAAAGAAACUCCAGGCCCCGCCUCCGGUGCAUUUGGGUCCGGUGGUUUCGUCCUUGGCUCAACCUUCACGCCAGACGCAAACGCUGCUAUGGAUGAAGACAAACCGGAGAAAUCGAAUGGGGCCUUAUCGUUCGGGUCAUUUCAGAAAUCCCUUGACCUCCACGGUGACGCUGAAUCCUCAAUUAAACCAGAAUCCAAACGAUCCCCCUUCUCAUCGGCCUUUUCGAACAUUCCCGAAACUGAAACGCCUGUCUCUAAAGAAUCAGCUUUUAGUACUCCCAAAACAGGGCUGUUUGGUACGCCUCCACAAUUCUCGACGCUCCGAGCUUCCGUAGAGCCAACAACCCCCUCUACGCCAUCCAUUCAACCUCCUUCAGUUGCAGUGUCAAAAGAGAGCAUUGCGCCUUCAACUACGCCUGAGGACAGCGAUUCCUCCAAAACGACCGUCAAAGUGGCAGCUGCAGCGGAUAGUGAACCUACCACUCCGCCAAAAUUCACAGAGCCCCCGCUUCCGCCCGACCCUACCAGUAGAGCUGCAUAUGGCCCGGGGGACACUUCCGCGUCUUCGUCAAAUGAUUCACGAACAUCUGCUGAAGAAGCUCCUUUGCCACCAGAUUUCCUUCCGGUAAUGAAAAAACAGGAGCCGCUGCCUGAAGCUGAGCUUUCAGAAGAACCUAGUUCACCAAAAGAGUCCGUGUUACCGGGAUCACCCAAACGUACGCCGCCAGCUCUACCAGAUGAAUCAGAGGAAGAAAAGGAAAAGGCCGAAGAUUUCGAAGAUAGUGGGGAAGAGGUCACACCGGCGGUUAGCCCCAUUGACUUUAAAGUAUCUCCCGAGAGCUCCUUUGGAGGUGUGUCUGAUAAGAGUCCUACUGGCGGGCUUUUCACAAAGAUAACAGCGCCGGAACCGAAACACGCAGUUUCCAAACCUUUAUUUGGAGAAAUUCUAGAGACCCCAGUAUUUCCACCCCCCAAAUUACCCAAAGGUCGAGCCGUACUCAGCCCAAGGUCUCCAAGCCCCGUCCGUCAUCAGCAUGGAACUAUGUUCUCCGCCCCUGACUAUAUGAGAUCAACAAGUGCGCCAAUACCUGGGAAUGCUCUUUCGCGCCGAAAAGCCGCCUUGGAAUCUUCCAUGCUUGCAAACCAAGUAACAAUGGCAUCCGAGGACAUUGAAGAUGAAAUCCCACCCAAAGACUUUCAACUUCAAACGCAACGGCUUCAAAUUGAAACCCAGGAGCUUGUUGAGGAUGAGGAUGAGCAACUGCGCGGAGACCUGGCCCGACCUCUCUCGCCGGCCCCAACCCUUGACCCUUUCCUACCGCAUCAAGAUUAUACUGGCGAGAGUUUGAAACCUGGUAUUCCCGGUCAAAUUGAACGGCUCUACCGCGACAUCAAUGCCAUGAUAGAUGAAAAACUGCUCUUGUCAGAAAUGGAGAAGCUUCAGCGAGGCGUCGAAGCGUUGGAUCAGUUCCUUCAAGAAGGAAAGAUUGAAAAUAUUCAAGAGAAACUCGAAAAAUGUCAUCAACUUUUCAGCAAAGAUCUUAAUAAUCUCAGAGGCCAAUGUGCAAGCAUGAGAAAAACGUUGGACUCCUAUACUGACGCUGCGGCAAUUGCUUCAGCACCACUGACGGCAGAACAAUCAGCGCUCCAACAAGACUUACGUAAAUUAUCCACUGAAUUCCAGGCGAAACUUGCAGAUCUUGAAAAGGAUGUGUCGCUACUGCGGGCAAAGCUUGCCGACUGUUCUAAGUCGAUAGGUGGUUCCGGUGGCUCGUCAAAGAAAAGCAAUCAGCAUACAGCUAAACCAACGGUUGAAGCAGUCACAUCGACUAUUAAGACCAUGACGAACAUGGCACAACAGAAGAGCGGAGAUAUUGAUGUUUUGGAAGCUCAAAUGCGGAAACUAGGAAUUGAUAUCUCUGCCUCUGUAGCUCCGCAAAGUAGGGAAACGUCUCCUUUUUCGACACCUCUUAAGAAGAUACAGCGACUGCCUAUUACUCCUGGAUCUCGAGCAUCUGGCGAUGGUGGUGUUCAUAGCUUGUAUCAUACACCAGAAUCUAAUAGGACCUCCAAAUUCCGGUCAAGCGUCCUGGUUCAGAGCGCGUUACGGAGUCCAAAAGGGGUUACGGAAUUGGUUUUGCCUGGAGAUUCAGAAAGGUUGAAAGCCAAAGCUCAGCGACGGAGAGAAGUGGUCGGCCAUCUGAAGGCUGCACUUAGCCACCGGAGAUCAAAAGUACGGGGCUUGGAUGACUUUUAA